CAAAAAGGUAUGUACUUGUGGCACAUGUGAAAGCAUUCACACUAAACAAGUUAUAAUUUUUUGGUAUAAUUACCAGUGAAUAUCUACAUGGAUUAAUGAAAUUGAAAUGGAUAGAAGAUUAAUAAUAAUAAAAUAAGGAACAAUUAUGUGAUAUGUUAAUGUAUAUCUGACCUUGACCAUAUUGCGCUUGUUAACAUAAGACUGGCGGCUUGACUAAGAGAAAUCGUUUCUGCGGGACGGUUAAUAUCUCCUAUAUUUGCGAUUACUAAACCCCACUUAAAUGUUGGACCCCAGAAAAAUAUCGUUGUAGGUCCUGCAAGAAGACGAAUAACAUAAACAAUAAUUAUAAGAAGUUUCAUUUAUGUUACCUGCAGGAUGUAAAAAUAUCGGACGAAAUUUUUCGGGCAGGUACGAUGCAAUUAAUAGUACUGCUCGUUUGUAAGCAGUUUGUUUAUUGGGCAUAGACAUAUCUUUUAGUAUAAUUAUACACACGCACACACACAAACACAAACACACACACACACAUAUAUAUAAAAUAAUAACAGAUUUAAAUGUUAUUUGAAUGUCUGAUUUGAGAAAGAAAGAUUAAGAAGUAUAUAAAGUUAACAAUCUGAAAAAGUAACGUAAACAAAUUCUCAUAAUCGAUUUAAAAAAUAGCGUCGUUGUUAUUUACAGAAAUAUCGAGUAUCGAUUUUUUUAUAAUUUUCGAUUCAUUUAAAUUUCCUCAAUACUUAUAACCUGGACUUUUUACCCUUAAAUUCAAGUAUAAAGAAUUAUAAAAUAUAUCAUUCAUAAUAUCAAUAAAAUGUGUUGUAAUAUUCAAAAAAAGACGUCGUCAUGUUGGAACGACAUGGAAGAGUUAAAAUAUCUCCUCUGCGCUAUCGAUUGUUGCAAAUGUCCACCCGCGCCACCAAAACCUUGCUGUCGUAUAAUAUUACCACCUAGAAUUCAAGAAAUUGGCUGUAUCAUUCCAUGUCAGAGACCUGUAUGCUGUCCACCACCACCAUGCUGUUUGCCUUUAUCACCAGGACCUUGCUGUCCUUGUCCUUUACCUCCUCCAUUGUGUCCAUUACCACCACCACCUCCACCACCGCCAAAACCUUGCUGUCCACCUUGUUGUCCAUUACCAUGUUAUCCCCGUAUUUGCUGAUUUUUGAAAAUACGAUUGAACAGACCAAAAAAGAAACAGACAGAGAGAAAGAACGAAAAGAGCAAAGUUAUUCGAGCUUCCUUAUCUCUACAUAGAAGCAUCUUUUAAAGAAGAUUUCCAAUAAUUAUACGCUAGAAAUAUUCGAACGGUACUUUUUGGAAUUUGCCCGAAGUAUAAAAGAAAGGUUUAAGCGCUACUUUUAGACUAAGUCUAAUAAUCGUUUUAUUUAUAUACACAUGUAUAUCUUUGUACGUAUGUACAUCGUACAUUGUUUUAUAUGCACGUUUGCAGUAAACAGUUUGCAUUAAAAGAAAACUAUAAUGAAACUGGAAGUUCAUAUUCUCGUAUUUCGAUUAA